AUGUCAUCUUAUCUGAUCGCAGGUACCUCCCGAGGUUUGGGCCUCGGGCUUGUCAAAGUCCUCGUUGCCCAACCAGUCGAGGAUGUGAAGUAUAUCUUCGCGACCACACGGUCUGCACAUCCUAGCCCCGACCUCGCCGAUUUUAUGGUCGACUCCCCAGACAGCAACAAGGCCGCGGCGUCCCAUGUAUCUGCCGAGCUCGAGGGUGCCGGACUGGAUUAUCUCAUCAACAAUGCCGCGGCCCUGGACACCAACGUGCUCGGAACGCACGAGACCAUGUGUGCCUUCCUCCCGCUCCUGCGAGAAGGCGGGGCCAAGAAGAUCGUCAACUUCUCCUCCACGCUCGGCGCGGCCACGACAGCCCAGACGGAUCCGUCCAUAGUCAGCGUGCCGUACCCCACCUACAAGAUCAGCAAGGCGGGCACGCACAUGCUGAUGGCACUCUGGUCCAAUCGCCUGAAGGACGAAGGGUUCUGCGUGUGGAUCCAGAGUCCCGGGAACCUGAGGACAGAUCUGGCUGGGAACGAGAGGGCUGAUCUUCCGGCUGAGGUCGGCGCGAAGGAGGUGGUUCGCAUUGCGCAAUCAGCCGGGCCAGGAGAUACGGGCCGGCAUCGGAACAUUUACGUCGAGGGGUGGGAGCAUGGCGGCGGUGUUGGUGGUCGGUACGACGGAGAGGACCUUCCUUGGUAA